AUGGAAUACAGAACAUUGCUUGGAGUUGUGCUAAUUCUAGCAUUCAUCGUAGCGAAUGUGAAGGCAGAAAAAAACUUGGAGACUUACAUUGUCCUUUUAGAGAAGCCCGAAGGAAAGCAAUUCACCGAUUCGAACGAUUUAGACAGCUGGUACGAGUCGUUUUUGCCGGAUGGUUCCUUUAGUUCAUCAAAUGAAGCACGUUUUGAACAUUCUUACCACCAUGUGGUUACAGGGUUUGCUGCAAAACUUACAGCAGAUGAAGUAGAGUUAAUGGCGAAGAAGGAAGGAUUCGUGUUGGCUCGUCCUAGGAGGAUGGUCCCUUUUCACACAACUCAUACACCUAGCUUUUUGGGCUUGCAGCUGAAUUCUGGGUUGUGGAAUUCGUCAAAUUACGGAGAAGGAGUGAUUAUUGGACUUAUCGAUAGUGGGAUAGCAUCUGAUCAUCCGUCAUUUAGAGGUGACAAUAUGCCUCCACCUCCAGCAAAGUGGAAAGGGAAAUGUGACAAUGUAACAGUCUGCAAUAACAAACUUAUUGGUCUCAGAAAUUUUGCUACGGACAGUAAUGACACUUGGGACGAGUACAUGCACGGGACUCACACGGCUAGCACAGCUGCAGGAAGUCCCGUAGAAAAUGCUAAUUACUUUGGCCACGCAAAUGGUACUGCAAUUGGCAUUGCCCCACGAGCCCACUUGGCCAUGUACAAAGUUUCUGGCAACGAAGGUGCAGCCGGUGAUAGCGAGAUAUUAGCUGCAAUGGAUUCUGCUGUGGAGGAUGGUGUCGAUGUCUUAUCGCUUUCCCUCGGAAUUGGUUCUCUUCCAUUUUACGAGGAUGUGAUAGCCUUAGGUGCAUUUGCAGCUAUUCGGAAAGGGAUAUUUGUGAGUUGCUCUGCAGGAAACUCUGGUCCUGACCCUAGUUCUUUAUCAAAUGAGGCACCAUGGAUUUUAACGGUAGGCGCAAGUACUGUCGAUAGAGCAAUACGAGCCACGGUUUUACUUGGAAAUAACACACAGCUAAACGGCGAAUCCCUUUACCAGCCAACUGAUUUCUCUUCCUAUCCACUUGUUUACGCUGGCGCUUUACUUAAUCGUACCGAAUCUUCUGCAUACUGUGAUCCAGGAUCAUUAAAAAAUGUUGAUAUCCGAGGCAAAAUAGUGUUGUGCGAGAGAGGAGGUUCGUUUGAAUCAGUCGACAAAGGCCAAGAAGUGAAAGACAAUGGUGGAUCUGCUAUGAUUCUGAUGAAUGACGAGUAUGAUGGGUAUGUUACAGAAGCAGAAUUUCAUGUGCUUCCUGCAUCACAUGUGAGUUACAUUGCAGGUUUAGCAAUCAAAUCCUAUAUAAACUCCACGUUAUCUCCAACAGCUACGAUCUUGUUCAAGGGAACUGUGACCGGCUUGCCAGAGGCUCCUCAGCUUGCUGAUUUUUCAUCAAGAGGUCCUAGUGCCGCAAGUCCAGGAAUCCUAAAACCAGACAUUAUAGGCCCAGGAGUCAGAAUUUUAGCUGCCUGGCCGGUUUCUGUCGAUAAUACUACUAAUCGGUAUGAUAUGAUUUCUGGAACCUCAAUGUCUUGCCCUCACCUUAGUGGCAUCGGAGCGCUACUAAAAAAUUCUCAUCCAGAAUGGUCACCAGCUGCCAUAAAAUCUGCCAUCAUGACCACUGCUCGUCUCGUUAACCUCGGAGACAGCCCAAUUACUGAUCAGGAGUUUGUUUCAUCUACUGUCUUUGACAUCGGUGCAGGCCACGUGAACCCGUCAAAAGCAAAUAAUCCUGGUCUUAUCUACGACAUCCAACCUGACGACUAUAUUCCUUACUUAUGUGGACUUGGCUAUUCUGACAAAGAGGUAGGACUAAUAGUUCAGCAAACCGUCAAGUGCUCGAAUGUCUCGAGCAUACCUGAAGCUCAACUGAAUUACCCAACAUUUUCUAUCACUUUAGGGUCUACUCCUAAAACUUACACAAGAACAGUAACAAAUGUCGGAAACUCUAACUCCGUUUACCAAAUUGAGUACCGUGCGCCCCAAGGUGUCAACGUUACAGUGACACCUGAUAAACUUUCCUUUAGUGGGGUGAAUCAGAAAGCUACAUACAGUAUAACUUUUAGUAAGAGUGGAAAUGUUGGUGGAAAUUUUGCUGAGGGGUACCUGAACUGGGUUGCUGAUGAGCUUAAUGUCAUGAGUGUAAUUGCUGUGACAUUUGAAUAA